AUGUAUCAGCGCGCUAUUCUUUUCUCCGCCCUGGCGGCGGCAGCUCGUGCCCAGCAAAUUGGCACAUUGAAGCCCGAGACCCAUCCUUCUUUGACCUGGCAAAAGUGCACUGCUGAUGGCACUUGUGCUGAUCAGAAGGGCUCUGUUGUCAUCGAUGCUAACUGGCGUUGGCUUCACUCUACCGAGGGUUCCACCAACUGCUACACUGGAAACGAGUGGGAUGCAACUCUCUGCCCCGAUGACAAGACCUGCGCCACCAACUGUGCCCUGGAUGGCGCCGAUUACGCCGGAACCUACGGUGCGACCACCGACGGCAAUGCCCUCUCCUUGACCUUCGUCACUGGCGCCAACGUUGGCUCCCGUCUGUUCCUGAUGGAGGACGAGGAAACCUACCAGAUGUUCAAGCUGAAGAACCAGGAGUUCACAGUUGAUGUCGAUACUUCCGAGCUGCCUUGCGGACUCAACGGAGCUCUGUACUUCGUCUCCAUGGAUGCCGAUGGUGGUUUGGCUAGAUACGAGGGUAACAAGGCCGGCGCCAAGUACGGAACUGGCUACUGUGAUUCCCAGUGCCCCCGUGACUUGAAGUUCAUCAACGGAGAGGCCAACGUGGAAGGCUGGGAGCCUUCUGAGAACGACAAGAACGCCGGUGUUGGCGGCCACGGAUCUUGCUGCCCCGAGAUGGAUAUCUGGGAGGCUAACAGCAUUUCCACCGCUUACACCCCCCACCCUUGCGACAGCCCCGAACAGGUUAUGUGCGAGGGAGACGCCUGCGGUGGAACUUACUCCUCCACCCGUUACGCCGGAACCUGCGAUCCCGAUGGAUGUGACUUCAACUCCUUCCGCAUGGGCAACGAGACCUUCUACGGCCCCGGCAUGACCGUCGACACCAAGUCCAAGGUCACCGUUGUUACUCAGUUCAUCACCGCCGACGGCACCGACUCCGGCGCCCUCAGCGAGAUCAAGCGCAUCUACGUUCAGGAUGGAAAGGUUAUCGCCAACUCUGCUUCGGAAAUCGCCGGUGUCGAGGGAAGCUCUCUCACCGAGGAGUUCUGCGCUGCUCAGAAGAAGGCCUUCAAGGAUGAGGAGAGCUUCACUGCCCACGGUGGUCUUGCUGGUAUGGGCAAGGGUUUGGACCAGGGAAUGGUUCUCGUCAUGAGCUUGUGGGAUGACCACCACUCUAACAUGCUCUGGUUGGACGGCGAGAAGUACCCCACUGAUGCUGAUGCCUCCACUCCUGGUGUUCCCCGCGGCACUUGCGCCACCACCUCCGGCGACCCAGACACCGUCGAGAAGGAGCACGCCAACGCCAAGGUGACCUACUCCAACAUCAAGGUCGGCCCCAUUGGCUCCACCUUCAAGUCCUCCUAA